UUCGUUGCAGCACAGAUUAUGGAGUCGAACUCAAAAUCCAUUGUCAUUAAGAAAAGCGUGUGUCCUAUUCGUUAGCGCAAAGUAAGUCCUGACCAAUACCCAUUUCAAUUAGUGGCGAAGCUUUCCCUGACAAUCGGGUUUCAGUUCAAUCCCUUGAAAUACAUCCACUGGUUUGGCUUUGGCUCGAUACUGAUUUAUUCCAUGUAAUAGCCAACCAGUUCGCCAUGGCUUAUCAAACCCACAAGCCGCCUAUAUCGCACGAUAGCUGCAGUUGCAGAACCUGCAUCGGUGACUUUACAACGGAGUACUACUUCCUGAAGCCGGUGUCUAUUGCUUCGCCGUCGACUGCUGACUAUAUUGUCCGGAUCUCCGGCAGCGGUUCCGGCGAAGAGCUCUACUCUCAAACAGACCCAGUUGAUCCCCUUUUGAACGGCAUAUACGGGGUGCACACGUGUAGCCACAACACGACUUGCAAUUAUGCACCCACCGAGCCAGAGCGUAUCACCUUUCAGAAGGUAACACCCGAAAUCCAAAGUACGGAGCUAGCCAAGGUGAACAAACUUGCAACCGCUGUUCCUUAUCCAGUCUUUAGCGGGUCGACGUUCGAGAAAACCGGCCCAGUGACAACCGCGACAUGGGAGUGGAGCGUGGAAGUGAAGAGUAUUCCAUCAGUCAUUUCACCUGUGGAAGCGCUUUUCAAUCCCGGUUCCUAUUUCACCAGGAAGUACACAUCGGGACAGGUCUUCCGCCUGCAUUCGUCCGUUGAUGACACAAUCGUCCUAGCUGUAAGUACAGACGCGACGCCAAACGGGUACAAACUGAGCAUGCUACCCCUAGCAACGGCGGAAACGGCGAGUAAUGUAUGUGAGUACGAAUUAGCCCCAGUACCAAACGAGAAUCUUCGUAGGCCGAUACUAAUGAGCAGCAUCUAGACCUUGAUUUUCACAAUAGGACGUUCAUGAUGCAUAACUCAUUGUCUGACUUGUUCUCUCUACAACAGAGUGCUUGCACUCCACGCCCCAAGUUGCAUAAACUCAUACUAAUAAUUAUUAUGUUCGCUCGUAAUAUUUGUACCUACAUCAUUUACAUGUCUUAUGAUAAUCCAGAAUUUAACGUGAGCCUACGAUCAUCAGGCAAUGUGCUGCAGGAAGCCUCUGUAAGCACCUGUUAACACUUUGCUUUCUCUGUGCGAUGCGAAUAAGUCUGUAAAAUCCUGGCUGGAAGCACUCUUCGGGCAGUGCAACACCUUUUGCUCGUACAUGUAAUUGUGGACAGUUACAUGCACAUUAAAUUCGCUCCUUUUCACUAAUCAUAUAUUAUCUUUUCAUUUAUUCCGACAUGUGGUGGAUAAAAUUAUACUCCACAGAUGA